AGACGUGGCAGGUAAACUGUGUUUCUGUGGGUGUGUCUGUGUGUGUGUCUCCUCCUCGUGCUGUUUGGAGAUGCGAUGGCUGACGGGCUGUGCUGUGUGAGCCCUGUGCUGCCACUGACACUCCCGUUCUUCACCCUUUUCCAGCUCUAUCAGCGAUGAGGCGUAGCAGUAACGCUUAGCAAUGGGUGACAUUUUAGCGUACGAGGCUGAGUUACUUGGACUGGUGAGAGAGGUUCAAAGGGCUCAAUGUCUGUAAAAUGUCAGCAGUCAAACAGCAGAUCAAUCAAAAAUUAUCUAUUGUUCAUUGGAAAUGAGGCUGUCAUUAAGGGAAGAAUGAGGUUGAUUACAUCUGACAAGUUUGGGGCUCAGGUCCAGCCUACGGUAAAGUAUUUGGAUUUCGCAGAAUUUGAAGAAACAGUGAAGGUAUUUAAAAAGGAAUGUAAAAUAAAAGGGAAGCCACUCCCUAAACCAGCAGAUGUUUCCUCAAAAGAUCCAUUGCCUGUUCAGGAAGAUCUGCUUGCAGCAUUUGAAAAUGGUGAGCAGAAAGUUUUCUUCCAGCUCUGGGAGGAGCACGUUUCGUCUUCAGUGCGAGACAAUGACCCUGUUGCUCAGAAGUUGGAGUUCUAUCUUCACAUACACUUUGCCACCUUCCUCUUGAAACAAACUAUGGGAAAGCCUGACAAAGCUAAACUUGAGGAAAGGAUUUCACAUUUUAAGGCAUACCUGGAAACAAAAGGAGCUGCACUGAGCCAGACUACAGAGUUUCUUCCCUUCUAUGCUUUGCCUUUUGUUCCAAACCCCAUGGUACACCCUUCUUUUAAAGAACUUUUCCAGGAUUCUUGGACGUUGGAUUUGAGGACAAGAUUGGAAAAGUUCCUGUCUCUGACUCUCAAAGCCAGACAGACUCCUCGGCUUCUCACUUUAUUUAAAGAGAAUGGACAAUGCAACAAAGAAAUGUUGCAACAUCUUCAUCAACAGUUAGUGGAGUCUGAGCACAGGACCAUGACCUACCUGAAACGAUUUAACAAAAUGCAGGCAGACUACCACAAUCUCAUUGGAGUCACUGCAGAGCUGGUGGAUUCUUUGGAGGCCACAGUCAAUGGCAAGAUGGUCUGGUUUAAGUUCCAUGGUGCUGGAAACAAUCUUCUCAUCCAAAAUUUUGCAGGAAGAAUGACCUGGGGUUUCCUGUGCUGCCUACUGAAAAGUCAAUAUGUACCGUCCUUCUGCCAUCAGCAGGAACAUCUUGUGGUUUGCUACUGUGCAUCUGGGAUCACUGACUGCUCCCGUAUUACUGCAGGGAAGAAUUUGCCUAUCACGCCAGAGUAUCUUCAAAGUGUUUGUGUUCGCUUGUUCAGCAAUCAGAUGAGACAAAGUGUAGCACACAGUAUUGACUUCACAAGGCCUGGAACUGGAUAUUACUCUAUGAGCCCUUGUGAUGACGGAUAUGCUUCCACAAUGUUAAGAGCAUCUUUAGCCCCUGUGAAGAUGCAGGAUGUGCCAUUGUUGCCCUCUUUGGAUUAUGAGAAGCUGAAGAAAGAUUUGAUUACAGGGAAUGAUCGUCUCAAGGCCUUCUUACUGCAGGCUCUGCGCUGGCGCUUGACAACAUCAUAUCCUGGAGAACAGAGAGACACUGUCCUGCAAGCCUACAUCAGUAAUGAUCUCCUGGAUUGUCACAGCAACUGUCAGAGAAGUGUCCUCAAAUUAUUAAAUUCCAAGAGUGAGGUAGUCAGACAGUAUAUGGCAAGGCUCAUCAAUGCUUUUGCUUCACUGGCAGAAGGUCGUGUCUACCUUUCUCAGAACCCAACGUUGCUGCGAAUGCUGGAGGAGAGACUGAAAGCUGAAGACAAGGAUUCCCUUACAUGGGAGAAUGUUCUGGGGGCUCUGCAGAAAUUCAGCCUCAGGCGUGCACUACAGUCUGUGAUGAUCAAAGAUGGGCUCAUUUUCUGGCUGGUUGAUGUUCUAACAGAUACAGAUUGCCUGUCUAAUUACACCCUGGAAUAUUCUGUUGCCUUGCUCAUGAAUCUUUGUCUACGAAGUGCAGGGAAGAAAAUGUGUGCAAGGAUUGCAAACCACGUGCUCAAAGUUCUCUCUGAUCUUCUUGGCCAUGAGAAUCAUGAGAUCCAACCGUAUGUGAAUGGAGCACUCUACAGCAUUCUCGCCAUCCCUUCUGUCCGAGAAAAAGCCAGAGCAAUGGGAAUGGAAGAAAUUCUGCGCUGUUUUAUCAAGGAAGGAAACGCAGAGAUGAUCCGACAGAUUGAAUUUAUUAUCAAGCAGCUCAAUUCAGAAGAGCCAUUAAAUGAUGGUAUUGUGUCUGAUGAUGAAGAGGAAGAGGAGGACGAGGAAGAGGACCAUGACAUCAUGGAGGCUGAUCUGGACAAAGAUGAGGUUUUGCAGCCUCAGCUGGGAGAGCUUGCAGGGGAGAAGCUGCUAACAACCGAGUACUUGGGAAUAAUGACUCAUACUCCAAAAACUAAGAAGAAGCUGUUUUCUGGUGUCCAUCAGAGUAUAGAUGAGCCUCUUCAGAGACCUGUGACACCAGGUUGUCACAGAACUACCUAUCUAAUGCCAGAAAACGAUACCAGUUCUUGUCACGAUGGGGAUGAGAAGCUGCAGUCUCCUCCGAGUGGUCAUUCUCCCAUUUGUGGUGGGAGCCAGUCCAGCAUUUCUGACCUCUGCAUUUCCCCUUCAUUUGAAAUGAAGUCAUCUGAAGUAUUCUCACCAGGCCAAAGAAUGGACCGAAGCAUCCCAGCUGAUGACAAUAUCUUGUCUUCGCAAGACUUCACUGAGGACAUCAAUGGGCAAUUGUAUAGCGAGUUUCCCUCAGCCUUCACCAGCAAACCUAAGAUCCCUCGCACUCCGGAAGGGCAGAGUACCAGCCCUAGAAAGGGAAAGGUCCCAGCCAUUGCCCCCCAAUUCUCUCAGUCUGGACCCCAACAAACAAGCUGUCCCAGCUCCUCAGGAUCAUCCACAAGGAGCAGACAGAGCAGCCAGUCCUACAGGAAGUGAGAACAGUUCCUUUCCUCGAGAAUCACCUGUCACAUUGUUGAAGGACAGAGCCAGCUUCCUGUAAUGAGCUUUACUGGUGACCUACGGAGCAGAGAGUGAUGUCGUUGACACCACAUGGCAUUCGCCUCGCACGGUGAUUCCGGGAUUAUCUGAUGGGAUGCGUCUGUUGUGGUCUCUAAAGCUGGCUAAGACAAGGGCCUUGUUAUUACAAUUCAAGGUCUCAGCAGCAGCCCAGGGCUGAUAUGGGACAUGGAUAUAGUCCCCGUUCCUCUGAUAGUUUACUCUAAAGUGACAUUGCCACCUUGAGAAGAAACUGUUGCUCUCUGCCUUCUGUGUCAGAGUAAAUGGCCCUUGGAGACAGUAUGUAGGGAGACAGCAGAGGAGUCUGACCAAACAACUGUCUUUUUAACAUAUUGCUUGCUGAACCAGCCUGUCACUUGCUGUUUUUUAAAUUAUGCCUUUGUGAAUGGGUUGGGAGAUAAUCUGUGUUCAAAGGAUCUGCAUUAGGAGGGACAGUGUACAUCACGUGCAGAGCCUUUACUGCCUGUAGCAGUGGUGUGGGGUGAGAUCUGUUUGGCCUCCAGAGGCUGGAGUAGUCUCUGAAGUAGUACAUCAGCUUCUGGUUGACCUGUAGCAGAUGAAAAACACUGUGACAGUGUCCAAGGCAGCAUCCAUGUUCACCUCUGAGGAUCUGAUCAGCAGCUUUAACUGCAGCAAUUACUCCUAUUCCUUCGUUCUACAUUUUUUCUUAAUUCUACUGUAACACAUUUGUGGAAUGAAUAAUCCAGAAUAAUCCAUUUUUUCCACUGGAACGAAGAGCUUUGCUUCUUCAUAGAAGAAACCAUGAGAAUGUGAACAGAUCAGAAGCAACUUUCUCUUUACAUGUGACUGUGGUCAAUCUUCUUUGGUCUUUGUUGGUUUUUUUUAAUGUUCUUUACUUCAGAGCAAUGUCUGGUUUUGUCUUCAUGGAAUUUGUGCUGGUCUUUGGUGAAUAUGAAGUACUGGCUAGGCAAGAGAGAUCAGGAAGCCCUCCACCAAAUAAAAAACACAGCAUUUAGUUCUACCAGUGGAUUACAAAGCUAGUGCUCUUUGUUGUUUUUUCUCUCAAAAGUGACAGUGACCAGGAAACACUAAGUCUUCACUGGAGAUUGGAUUUUCAGUAACAUCCCCUCAUGUGACAGCUGUUAGGACACAUAAAUGCAGUUUACAUUGGAACUUGGCUGCUGCUGAGGCAGAGAUGUACAAAAAGGAGGCAGACUUCAAAAACAAAUGCUUUAACCAGUAGGAAAAGGGGGAAGGUAAGGAUUUGGUUUUGGAGUUUCACCUUGAGAAACAAACGAGUGGUACACAGCCUGAAAGGUAAAGCAACUCCCGCAGUGACACUGCCUUCCCCUGCAGUGAGGAGUUGUUAAGCCACUGGUCGUUUCCAUAGGACCAGAAGAAAGCUUUGUGCUUCUGCCGAGGUCUUGAAUUGUGCCUCUUGGUGUGUUGUGGCAACUGAAGAGCCAAGGCCACUGAUGUAGUUGCCAUGAGACCCACUGAGUUCAGUGAUGUGGUGUCAGAUGCUUGCAGAAAGGACUCCCACACACAGGUUCAGGAAACCCCUUUGGAUAAUAGACUUUAAAUUGGAAUUCAGACGUUUUGUAGGAGAAGACACCCUCUAACUUAAAAUCUGGUCAAAUUCAUGUGGGAGUUACAAUUUACUACUCAGUACCUUCAGGGUUUUCACAGACCUAACACGAAGCAGGCAGAGUACAGGUGUUGCUUUAACUCCCAAACUACAUAGGACAUGAAGUGACUAGAGACACUGGAUAGCCCCCAUCACAUUGAUCCCCAUGUUAGACAAAGAAAUCACAGAAAAUCGCUGACCUGUGCUUAGAUCUAUCUGCCUCCUCUCAGAGCUGAUCAACACCAUUAAUGGGAAAAUGUCCUCUGUUCACAAAAGGGCAGUAAUGGAAAAGCCAUAAAAGCUCACCUUGUGGUUUUCCAGGAUAGGCAGCUUUUCUCUUUCCUCUGAAAUUCAGAGGUUUUUCCAUCAUGUGGUAUCAAUGGCCAGGUUGUUAACACUGAAGUGCUAAGCACAUUCAUUUGCAUACACGGAUAACAGAAUGCUCCAGCAGUGAAUUUUAUUUAUUUUACAGCAGUGCUGAGUUUCAUAUGGGAGCAGAUCUGAUUCUCUGAUGUGGAGAGCAGCUUUUAAAGUGUUGAGUACAGACUAUUUUUUUUGGGGGGAGGGGGAAGCAACAACCUCAAAACCUCACUGAUUUUAUAAUUAAUUGAGAUCAAAAUGUUAUCACUUCUUUCCAGUCACCUGAGGGUGGUUGGUAGGUAUGGCUACAACUGCUCCAGCAGAUCAAGAUUCGUGAAAAACCAAAAUGCAUCUUGCUGAAUUGGACUGAAAGGAACAAGCUGAAGUACGUGUGCUUGUGUGUUUCUUACUCAGGCCUGUUGCAAUGCAGAACUCUAUAUGUACAUGUUUCCAUGUUCAACUCUUAUAUGUUUUGGCAUGUGAGUAUGGAGUUUGAAAACAGAGAGUAUUUUUUAUAUUAAUGCAUGAAAGACUUCAUUUUCCAAAUGCCUGAGAGAAACUGUGGAUAUGCUUAGAAAUAAUUAUCAGCUGAGCAUUAAUUUGAGAGACCAAGGAAAUAACAUGUCCUCCUUUCCCUGUCUUAUUCACAAAAAGCCCCUGUGAUGCCAGAAGGAAGGUUUGAAGCUAAUGAAAAAUGUCAGUUCUGCCUUUGUUCGUAGGACUCCACUGUUCAGGGGGGAGAGGACCUCGAAUGCAGGUCAGUAGCACACACAUAGCAAAUUCAGCACCUCACUAAACAGUUGUUGAGUGUCUUUUGUAUAAGCCACAUAGAGGCUGCUGCCAGAUUCAACACCCCCCUGGUAAAUUCAUAACAGGAGCAGUGGAAAUUGCUGCCUCAAUGGGAGGGUGUGAUUGCACUUUGGCCAUGAAUUCGUUUACAAAAAGCAAGUACAGUUAUUGCAUAGGACACACAGAUCUGCAGGUGAAGUUUUUCUGGGACCAAAGUCCUAUGUGGUGCUACCAUGCCUUUUGGAUGUAACUUCCGUAUAUUGGGUAAUUUUAUUUACAGACAGUGUUAUUUGAGACGAACUGUGUAGGUAUAUAUGGGUUUGCAUAGAACCAUCAUUCUGUACGAAUGCUUUAAAAUUAUCUGUCAGUGACUAGAUAAAAAUGCUUCUAAAGGGAUUUUUUUCCUCCUUUCUCUUUCUGACAUGUUUGUUUUUUGGGGUUCAUGAACUUUCACUGUGUGCAUUUCUUUACAUUUCACUCUGGUUUAUUAUUGACAAAUUCUGUCUCCAACAGUUUUAUUUCCAUCUAAGUGGAAAAUACAGCUCCCUUCUGUUCAGCCUGGCCUGCCUCUGCAAAGGUAGCGUUGUUCACUCAGAAGUGUUGCAAAGCAGGUGUGAGCCACUCAUUGUUCGUGGUCUCUCAUGAGGAGAGCCCAGGCAUGUGGGAUGCCACCAGCAACAUUGGUUUGGUGUCAGAAGUAUUAUUUGUUGUAUGAUUUAAGUGUGUAGGGAAAGACAAGCAAGGAAGUUCUCUGAAAGGAAAAAUAUUGCUGUGAUGGGGAGGGACAGUGGUUGCUUGGUUUGGCUUUGAGUUGGUUCCUUUAAACAAAGUUUGUCUAGUCUUUAUAAAUCAUGGUGGAGAUUGCAGUGUAGAGAUAAAAAGCACUGCAUUAUGUUCGUGCACGUCUUUGAGUAGUGGUAGCAGACAAGCGAACAGGCUGCCUUCCUCCCAGGUCAUUAAGUACAUCUAGGCUUGCCUUUUAGCUUGGGGCUUGAAUUAGUCUUUGAGACACAGCUUCUGGGCAGUUUGGGCCAUGCUCACGCUUGCAGUCUGGCUCGACAUUGGAACAAGCCCUUUCCCGAGAAAGGAAAUGCUGGAGUUGCACCUUGCUCAGUGUAAUCUAACAAAGGAGUGUGUGAGCCCUGCCAGGCACCCUGGCUGUGCAGUGUGGCCCACCAAGCUUGAGGAAGUGUGUGGGCUUGGCCAGCAAAGAGGGGAUAGAUGGAGCCUUGCAAACUUCCACUGACCCUGUGGGAACUGAGUACCAAAAUACUCUGUGACUGAGCCAUAUGGGCUUCUCCAGGCUAUGCUGCACUUUCCCAACCUCAGCUAUUCAUAGAAGUUGUAAAAGCAGUGGGACUCCUAAUGAAGGGUGAGAAACAGCAAGAUGUUGCAAGACAAACAAAACAGACUAAGACCAGACCGUUCUGGCCAAGCUGUGUGGGAAUCUGCUGCUAACAGAUUUUAAAAAGAAACCAGCUUCUAGGUGCAGAAGAUAGAACCUUGCCCUACUGCAUUAUCAGACCAGUAAUUCUUCUGGCCUGGCAUGUUGUCAGUGGUUAGGAUCUGAUGUUUCAAAGCAAGUUUCUUCCCAUCUCUGGGCUGCUUUCUGCCCUGCAUGGAAGGGCAUUGUAUUCAGUUACAGGAUCAUGAUCCAAAUUUCCGCAUUUUGAGGACCUGGUGCUCUCUGAACAACAGGCUCAGUGGCACACUCUGGGACAUCUAAUAACUUUCUGGAAUGUGUCCUCCUUUUAGUACAAGUUCUCUCAGCAGUGCUUGGCAUAUGGUCCAAGUUUCCAAGAAAGUAGGGCAGUAAUUUGUUGCAGUGAAAGUGAGAAUCCUUCAAAUAAGCAGGAAGAAAUCCAGGUGACAGCUUUAGUACUUUGUUCUUAUCUUCUUCAAAUAUGGGAAAUGCUGUUCUGAUAUGAUGCUAAGUCAACAGAUCUAGGGAAUGUCAGUUGUUUUGUUCACUCUCAGUGACCUGGCACCGUAUUUAAUUUAAAAAAAUGAUUUCCAAUAUGCCUUGCUGGUUUUCAACUUAAAAUGUCUUUUAAGUGUUACUUCAUCAUAUUUUUUUUUCUUUUAAUAAUGCUCAGAGCUAAUUCUGUUAAGUAAGCAAAUAAACAGGACAAAUAAAAAUUAGUGGAUACUUGAAACCAUAA